AUGAUUGUGCUGCUGUGGUAGGUUUUACUGGAUGAAGCAGCUUGUUACCAUAGGUGUUUGUUUCAGCUUCUGUCUGCAGGUGUGACUUGGCUAGAUAAGGAUGCUCUAUCGUGAUGAUUUCAUUGUUUGAUUUGGCUGGACUGGGUGGAGAAUGUAGUUGCAUUGUUUGGGGCUGGCUUUGUAGUUUGAUUUUGUUGAAGUGGAUUACAUGGCAGUGCAUUGCUACAUUAUUAGGUGAAGCUGCAGUAGAUAGUAGUUGGAGGAUGUUGAAGAGAAUAUGCCCAGGGUUUCACAAUGUGUAACUAAUUGAGCAUCGCAACAGCUCCAGUGUUCCUGCUGGAAGAUCUGGUCAGCAGAAUGUGUCGGGAUUACACAGUAGACCUCUGGUAGUGAUUUCAGUUUGCAGUUCUUUAACUGCAAGGCUGGCUGUGCUGUGUAAAUAGCUGAGAGUGCUCCAUAAGACCACGAUGGCUCCAGCAGUGUGAACCUUGUCUGCAUUCAUACUGUUCUUGCAGGCUUUCCAGUGUUCACAGUGGGUGAGGUUGAAGCUGGCAGGUAGCUGCUCUCUGUCUUUACUGACCUCAAAUUUACCAUUGAGCCAUUCCUCAGAGUACAUGUUUCCUUGUAUUACUGAACUUGCACUUAAACCUGCUUUAACGUGUGAGUGAGCAUUGAUGCAGGGCUGUCUCCACCUCUGAAAGUUUGGUUCAUCAGUUCCUGGGCUAUGGACUCUCUUGGCCUUAUAGGAAAUAACCAUAGUGCAAGGUGGGGUUAACCUCUCUCUCGUAAGCAAACUGUCAGUAUGUCUUACUCUGGAAGGUCUGCAGUUGGAUUACCUUCUCCCUGUGGUGUAGCACAAUGAUGUGAAGUAGGAGCUGCCAGAACAGUAGUGCUUCUUCUUUCCAAAAGCUGCCUGGUUUUUCUGUAGAUGUGGCUUUACCUGAUACUUGAUGUUUUUAUUUAUGCAUUGUCUGGCUGUGGAGGAGGUUACAUAUAUGAAGUGCAGGGUUUUGGUAGAUGUUGCUGGGCACAGUGAGGGGAAGGUGAGCCUUUGAAGAGAGAUGGGUACAGAGAAGCGGAGGUUACAUGCCCAAACUUUGUGCCAGCUUCUCUAAGAACAGAUGAGCUCAUGGGAAUCCAGCUAGCUCAGCUGUGGGAGCACUGAAGCAGAUCUGACCUAUUUCCCCUCCAUAUGCAGCAUCCAUCUUCAGAUUCUUCCCAUUUGAUGGUGGCUUUUUUGGUACUGACAAAUCUUGACAGUCUGAGCAGAGGCUUCUUGUUGCCAGUGGCUCAGAGCAGGUUUUGAUUCCUGUGCUCCUGUUACUGGAUUCAUGGGAGGGAUGCACAGUUUGGGUGUGCAUUCUUGUUGGUGAAACUCUUCCUCUCUCUCUCCUUUCCCCAGGUGAUAAUUUCUUGUGAGACGAGUGAUUCGCAACUCAUGGCCUCCAGAAUGAGUACUGCUGUGUCGUGACACCAGGGGUCUUGUGUGCCCUGGAGAUGCGAGACUUCCCCUGGGCAGCAGGAGGCAUACGUCUAGAGAAUGCUGGAGCUGCAGGAGGGAAGCGCCCAGUGCAAAACCAGAGAGGAGCAAAGAGAAAAAAGGCAAGCAGAGAGCCAGCAUUGAGAGAAGCGGGUGGCAGAAAGUGCUGCAACGCUGCCUCUGGCAGCACGCUCCCAGAAGAACUCUGCGAGAGCCCAUCUGCAUGCGUGUGAGACUGUGAGCUCAGGAUUCCUGUCAAUGCAUUCCAGUAACCCCAAAGUGAGGAAUUCCCCAUCAGGCAACACACAGAGUAGCCCCAAAUCAAAGCAGGAGGUGAUGGUCCGUCCCCCUACAGUGAUGUCCCCGUCUGGCAACCCCCAGCUGGAUUCCAAAUUUUCCAACCAGGGCAAACAAGGGGGCUCAACCAGCCAAUCCCAGCCCUCUCCCUGUGACCCCAAAAGUGGAGGUCACCCCCCCAAAGUGCUCCCUGGCCCAGGUGGUAGCAUGGGGCUGAAGAAUGGGGCUGGAAAUGGUGCCAAGGGGAAGGGGAAGAGAGAGAGGAGCAUUUCAGCAGACUCCUUUGAACAGAGAGAAGCUGGGACUCCCAAUGACGACCCUGAAAUCAAAGACUGCAAUUCUGCUGAUCAUGUGAAAUCCCAGGAGUCUCAGCACACACCACACUCCAUGACACCUUCAAACACUUCAGCCCCAAGGUCUUCCACACCUUCCCAUGGCCUGGCUGCCACUUUGGAGCCAGCAAGUGGGCAGAAGACUCCAUCCAAAGUGGUUUAUGUCUUUUCUACUGAGAUGGCCAACAAGGCUGCAGAAGCUGUGCUGAAGGGACAGGUGGAAACUAUUGUGUCCUUUCAUAUCCAGAACAUCUCAAACAGCAAGGCGGAACGAAACACUGUACCCUUGAACCCCCAGAUCACUGCACUUCGGACUGAACCCAAGCCCCUGCCGCAGGCCCAGCCUCCUGCUGCCCAGGACCAGAACCCUCCCCAGAAUGCCAAAAUGCAGCCGACUCCACCCUUGUCAGCACCUGUAUCCAAAUCCACUGGCCCCCCGUGUCCCAUAGAUCAGGACAGUCCGAGCGUUGAAAGCAAAGUGAUGUCUGUGGGCAGCCCUGCCAACUCUACCCCAUUGCAGACAGAAGGAUUUGGACAGAGUUCGACCCCCAAUAAUCGGGCAGUCAGCCCAGUUUCCCAAGGUAGCAAUAGCUCCACUGCAGAUCCCAAAGGUCCUCCGCAGCAGGUGUCUGGUGGGGACCCAUCCAGUUUGGGUGAGAAUCCAGAUGGACUUUCACAGGAGCAGCUGGAGCAUCGAGAGCGCUCGUUGCAGACUCUGAGAGAUAUACAGCGCAUGCUCUUCCCCGAUGAGAAAGAGUUUGCAGGAGGGCAAAGUGGGGGGCCACCUCCAAAUGCUGGGGUGCUGGAUGGUCCCCAAAAGAAACCUGAAGGGCCGAUACAGGCUAUGAUGGCUCAAUCCCAAAGUUUAGGCAAAGGUUCAGGGUCUCGGACAGAUGGAGGGCCCUCAUUUGGCCCUCAAGGACACAGGGACAUGCCUUUUUCCCCAGAUGAAAUGGGGCCACCACCAAUGACCUCCCAGUCAGGACCUAUAGGCCCAGACCACCUGGACCACAUGACUCCUGAGCAAGUGGCCUGGCUCAAGCUGCAGCAGGAGUUCUAUGAAGAGAAGAGAAGGAAGCAGGAGCAGGUGGUGGUGCAGCAGUGUUCGCUGCAGGACAUGAUGGUCCAUCAGCAUGGGCCACGUGGAGUGGUCCGAGGCCCUCCUCCUCCCUACCAGAUGACCCCUGGGGAGGGCUGGGGACCUGGGGGUCCAGAGCCCUUCCCUGAAGGCAUGAACAUGUCGCACUCUCUGCCCCCCCGGGGCAUGGCCCCACAUCCCAACGUGCCUGGGAGCCAGAUGCGCCUGCCUGGUUUUGCAGGAAUGAUGAACCCUGACAUGGAGGGCCCCAGUGUCCCGAAUCCUGCCUCACGGCCUGGGCUUUCGGGAGUUAGUUGGCCAGAUGAUGUGCCAAAAAUCCCAGAUGGCCGAAACUUCCCUCCUGGACAGGGUGUCUUCAGCGGCCCUGGCCGAGGGGAGCGGUUCCCCAACCCACAAGGUCUGCCUGAAGAGCUGUAUCAGCAGCAGCUGGCUGAGAAGCAGAUGGGCCUCCCUCCUGGCCUGAACAUGGAAAGCAUCAGGCCCGGCAUGGAGAUAAACAGAAUGAUGCCCUCCCAGAGACACAUGGAGCCUGGGAACAAUCCCAUCUUCCCUCGCAUGCCAGUGGAAGGGCCGAUGAGCCCCUCUAGGGGGGACUUCCCAAAAGGAAUACCCCCACAAAUGGCCUCUGGCAGGGAGCUGGAGUUCGGGAUGGGCCCUGGCAGCAUGAAGGGGGACAUGGGCAUGAGUGUCAGCAUGGGCUCCAAUCCGCCCCUGGUCCCUCAGAAGCUGAGGGAGGCAGGAGUCGUGCCGGAAGAGAUGAUGAAACUGCGCCCCGUUGUGCCGGAGAUGCUCUCCUCUCAGCAGAAAAUGGUGCCGCUGCCGUUCGGAGAGCACCCGCAGCAAGAGUAUGGCAUGGGUCCCCGGCCUUUCCUCCCCAUGUCUCAGGGCCCAGGAGUUGGUCUCCGAAAUCUCAGAGAACAGAUUGGGCCUGACCAAAGGACUAACAACCGGCUCAGCCACAUGCCGCCACUACCUCUCAAUCCCACCAGUAACCCUAAUAGCCUCAACACUGCUCCGCCUGUGCAGCGCAGCCUAGGCCGCAAGCCCUUGGAUAUCUCUGCAGCCGGUCAGGUGCAUUCGCCAGGAAUCAACCCUCUCAAGUCCCCCACGAUGCGCCAGGUCCAGUCUCCCAUGAUGGGGUCUCCCUCGGGGAACCUCAAGUCCCCUCAGACGCCCUCCCAGCUGGCAGGAAUGCUCGCAGGCCCCACUGCUGCAGCUGCCGCUGCCUCCAUUAAGUCCCCCCCUGUCUUGGGGUCUGCUGCUGCUUCUCCUGUCCACCUCAAGUCUCCGUCUCUCCCUGCACCUUCUCCUGGAUGGACUUCAUCUCCAAAGCCUCCUUUGCAGAGCCCUGGGAUUCCCCCGAACCACAAGGCGUCUCUCACCAUGUCCUCUCCAGCCAUGCUGGGGAACGUGGAGUCAGGUGGCCCACCUCCUUCCACAGCCAGCCAGUCUGCUCCUGUGACUCUCCCUGGAAACCUUCCCUCUAGCAGUCCUUACACAAUGCCUCCAGAGCCAACCCUCUCCCAGAAUCCCCUCUCCAUAAUGAUGUCCAGGAUGUCCAAAUUUGCCAUGCCCAGCUCUACUCCACUUUAUCAUGAUGCCAUCAAAACUGUGGCCAGCUCGGAUGAUGACUCCCCUCCAGCACGCUCCCCAAAUUUGCCACCUAUGAACAGCGUACCAGGAAUGGGCAUUAAUUCUCAGAAUCCUCGAAUUUCAGGUCCAAACCCAGUGGGUCCAAUGCCAACCCUUAGCCCAAUGGGAAUGACCCAGCCUCUUUCCCAUAACAACCAGAUGCCCUCUCCAAAUGCUAUGGGACCCAAUAUACCUCCUCAUGGGGUCCCUGUGGGACCUGGCCUGAUGUCACACAACCCAAUGAUGGGGCACAGUUCCCAGGAGUCUCCAAUGGUACCUCAAGGACGCCUGGGCUUCCCACAGGGGUUCCCUCCUGUACAGUCCCCUCCACAGCAGGUGCCAUUUCCACACAACGGGCCCAGCGGUGGACAAGGCAACUUCCCAGCGGGAAUGGGCUUCCAUGGAGAAGGACCUCUGGGGCGUCCUACCAACUUGCCCCAAAGUUCGACAGAUCCAGCACUUUGCAAGACUGGAGGCCCUGGUGGUCCAGACUCCUUCACAGUUCUUGGAAACAAUAUGCCUUCAGUUUUCACCGAUCCAGAGCUGCAGGAGGUGAUCCGUCCUGGAGCCACAGGAAUACCUGAGUUUGACCUGUCCAGGAUUAUCCCAUCAGAGAAGCCUAGCCAGACACUACAGUAUUUCCCUCGUGGGGAGGUGCCAGGCCGCAAGCAGCCACAGGGUCCUGGGCCUGGCUUUUCUCACAUGCAGGGGAUGAUAGGAGAGCAGACCCCGAGGAUGGGACUAACGCUGCCUGGUAUGGGAGGCCCUGGGCCAGUGGGAACUCCAGAUAUCCCUCUUGGGACGGCUCCAUCCAUGCCAGGUCAUAACCCGAUGAGGCCGCCUGCCUUCCUGCAGCAGGGCAUGAUGGGGCCACACCACCGCAUGAUGUCACCAGCACAGACGGCGAUGCCUGGGCAGCCCGCACUCAUGAGCAACCCUGUGGCCGCUGUGGGCAUGAUCCCUGGCAAGGACCGAGCCCCUGCGGGGCUGUACAGCCACCCGGGGCCUGUUGGGUCACCUGGCAUGAUGAUGUCAAUGCAGGGCAUGAUGGGACCCCAACAAAACAUCAUGAUUCCCCCCCAGAUGAGGCCCCGAGGUAUGGCUGCUGACGUUGGCAUGGGAGGAUUUAGCCAAGGCCCUGGAAACCCAGGGAACAUGAUGUUUUGAGCUGCUACCAUGAGACUGGAUGUUCUGAUCCUUGUCAAGAUGAGAUUCCAAGUCCUGAGGGCUUUUUUGGGAGCUUCAGGAGUACAGUUUGGCCAUGCAAUAGGUGAAAAGAGACCAGAGGACGCUUUGGGAAAUCUCGAAUGUAUGGAAUUACCUAAAAAAAAAAAGAAAAAAGAAAAAAAAUCAUUUUAACAGGUUGUUUUUUUUUUUGUUUGGGUUUUUUUAAGAUUUAUUUUUUAAAAAUUAUUUUUGUGGACUUGGGUAUCCCGUGAGGCACCUGCUUUGAGAAUCUGUAGCUGUACUUUGAGAAUUGCCAUUUGUCACAAGUUGCACCAUUCUCUGUAUGUUUACGUCCUUCGGACUGGCUUCUCCCAGGACUCUCGGUUAUUUUUGGUUGUUUUUUUUUUGUGUACUGUACUAUAUUGUAAAAGGGAUUUUAGCAGAGACUUUAGUCUUUGGGGUGAGAGGAGAAUGGGAUUCUAGGCUGUUUAGGUGGAGAAUCCAUCUUCAGAACUUCGGACUAUUUUCCUUCAACUCCAGUGUAUAGAAAAACCAAACUACGACCUCAGAGCAGAGUAUUAAUGAAAAGCACAAAAAAGGAACUUAAGUUCAGUGAGGGGAAUCUUUUAAAAGAAAUAAAUAAUAAGUUAAGGACAUAUUUUUCAAAUUAUGGUGUGCUGUCCAGCACCUUCUGUCUCUCCCUCCCACUCUUUAUUAAAUAGGCUUCUCUCUCUCUCCAUCCCCCUUCUGUCUCCUCCUAUGGCAGCUGCAAUACAUUGUGUUAUUUUGGGGAGUCAAUCUAGGAGAGCCUCUCCUCAUGUGGGGACCCUUCCCACUUUUAGGAAGGGUCUGGACUUGGACACUGUUACAUCCUACAGUAGUCUCUCUCACUGUUUCCUAUUCUCCUUUUCUUAGAAACCCCAAGUGAUUUUAUUAAUGUGGGAGUGGAACAGACACUAAAAGUUAUCCAGGAUUUUUUUUUCUGUGGUUAUUUUUUUUCCUCCCCAGCGUAAAACGUUCUGUGUAACCUCCAUUAAAUUUGGUACAAAACCACUUGCCAGGGCUGUGGUGUCAGAAAAAUAAAAUAUAUUGUUUCUUACAAAAA